AUGGUGGGAUUAAGCAUGGAGGAGAUGUCUCUACCGGUUCUUUUCGAGCAGUCUCGGAAAAUUCACCAAGCCGCGUCAGAUUCCUCCGUCGAUCAGGAUGCAGUGACGAAAGGCUGCGAGCAGCUGAGCAGAUGCGAGGAGAUGAUCGGAAAGCUAGGGCUGUUCUCGGCGAAUGAGACGAAGGAUGAUAUCAGCACUGCUAAGCUCAAAUAUCUUCUCGUUCCAUAUUACCUUGGCGAACUCACGGAGAGAAGUGCUCGAGAGGAUAGGAUUCAAGUUCUGAAAAAUUCGCAAGCCAAGUUGAAGGAGUUUAUAUCUUUCUGUGAGGCAAUGGAACUCGUACCAGAAGAGGAGCUAGAAUCAUAUGCCCGAGCAUCGGGUGGUACAUCUACUGAUAGGAGAGCUCAGAAGAUUGCUCGGUUUAAAAGACAGAAAGCUGCUGAGUCAAAGCUGCUCGAAAUAAGAGAACGAAAAGAACGUCGUGGGAGAUCCACCAAGGCUUCCACCUUAUCUACACGUGUUGAGGUCGGAGAAGAAGAUAAUGAGGAUGAUGAUGGAGAAGAAGAAAGGGAGGCAUGGUUAACCACCAUCUCGUUGGCACUUUGUAAGGCAUUUGAUCUGCUUGAAAUGCUGAAGAAAGAGGAAGAAAUGCUUUUAGCUAUUAAGGAACGGCAGUCUCAGCAGGAAGGGGAAAAUGAAAUCUCACGAUCUAUUCUCGAUGAGCGUGCUAAGAAAGCUGAAUCCUGGCACCGUGAUGCUGCCUCAAGGGCUCGUUUUACAAAACCUGCUGCCCCAAUAACGUGCGCCACUUUUGCUCAGGAUGUCCUAGAAGGUCGAGCCCAGAUUUCGCAAGCUCAUGAACACAAGCACCAGCCCAUGAUAUUUGGACCCGCAAGCCUCGUGGCCCAAAACCCGACCAGCGAGAGGGAGAAAAUUGCUGCUCAAGUCUUCCAGCCUCACUACAGAUUGCCUACGAUGAGCAUAGAGGAAGCUGGUUUGAAGGAAAUGGAGAUAAUGAACAAAUGGCAAGAAAGAAACGUGAAGCUAAUGGAAGAAGCUAACUCGUCUUGGUACAAUGACAACAGGCAACCGAGACCCAGCGAGGAUGACGAUGAUGAUAAGGAUGAUGAUGAUGCACAAGAAAAGGCAAGAGCUUGGGACGACUGGAAGGACGAAAACCCACGUGGUGCGGGAAAUAAGAAGCUCACUCCUUGUGGCUAA